AUGGUUCUUAAACGAGCGAGUCUGAAGCGAAGUCUCCCGUACGAUGAGGAUGAAGAUGAGCUACUGAGGUCGCAUGCAACCACACCUCCACCCUCACAGUCGUUAGCUGUUGAAGAUGCUGCUCAGAUGCCGUCCCAGCCGAGCGGCUCGUCUCAUUUGCAGCCACGGCGAUCUGCUGCGAAUCCCGAGCAUCCUGUUGAGCAGAUAGUUACGAAGGUGUCAAACUCAUCAUUCUACGUCGCUUCCAACAGGCUGUUCGAAUAUGUGGAAUGGCGCAAGUACGGAGACUACGAUAUUCUCGUGGUUAAAGGUGCGCCUGAGCCGGAAGGAAGAGAAGCGGAGGUAGAGUGGAUUGGAGAGAUCGACCCUACCACGACCCGCUAUUAUCUCACCGCUUGCGGCAAAUGGAAUGGCCGUUUCGAUAAAGAGUUCAGCGCAGCGAAGGCGCGAGCCCAUAUCAUAGAGCCCACCAAUCCCCAGUGGAAGGAACUUGGAGUUAAUUGGGACAACGUUUUACAUGGCUUCCGGAGUAUCAUCAACUCCAAAAUGACCAAGGAUGCUACAUGCAACAGGACGAAUUCCAUCAUUGACGAACAGUGGGAUCCUACUAGUGUUAAGGUCAGGCAUGCAAUCUUCGAGCGAGUGAAGCCCGAUGAAGUUGUUAUUCACAGCAGCGACGAUCCCUUCUCCAUGACGAACUGGAGAUGCGAGUACGGUAUUGCGCAGCAAGAGCUCCAGAAGAUCAUCAGAGCCAAGCAGUUCAAGGAGUGCACUUUGCCAGCAUACAAGAUGGACGAGGAGCUCAUUCUUCCGAAUGAAUAUGAAGCACAGCUCAGAGGAGCGGUCGUUCACGUCAAGGCGUGCAUCAGCCACCGUCACGUCCAAAAGACCGAUAAUUAUUACGCCGACAUCCGUAUGCUGCGUGUGCUCAAAGCGCCCGCUACAGUGCCUCACUCUCCGGAGAGCAAGAGACUGGAGGAAGCAAAGCGUCGAGCUCGGGAUAAGCAUCUGAGAACCAAGUGA